AUGAAUACUUUAUUGAGAACAAAAGUUUCAAGUACAAAUCUAAAAAUGAUCUGGGUUUUUUUUGCUUUUAUCCCUUACUUUAUUCCUAGUCAUACUAAUAUACUACUUUUCAUCAGGCCAUCAUUGGAAGCCCUGAGAAUACAAAAUUACAACGAAAAUUUGGAUCGGGCGAAGCUGUAUUUAUCAUUUCCCUUUUCCCCUAGCAUUGACAGUACUGGUCCCCACCCACGUCUAAAAUUGACCUAUGAGAUGGAAAAUGCCGGCCACAUUAGCUUUCUAGAUGUUUGGAUUAUCAACCAGGAUUCAAAGAUUAUAACGGAUUGGUACCAGAAGCCGACUUGGUCAGAACGAUAUUUGAAUUUUAACUCACAUCACCCUCGCAGUUAUAAAAUCGGUACUGUGUACAACCUAGUUGACCGAGGAAUAAAACUUGCCAAUCUAUGUUUCCAUGACAAAAAUCUUUCAAUCAUUAGGAACGAGCUAAUAAAAAAUGGGUACCCGUCAACGUUUCUUAACAAAAUGAUUAAUUCACGCUUGAAGAAAAUUUUAGCUUGUGAUAACAAUAACAAUACACCGUCAUUACGAACUGUUGGGAGUCACAAUAGAUAUAUCGCAAUCCCAUACGUGGCAGACCUCUAUGAAUCCUUGAAUAGAUCUUUCAAGAAAUAUGAUGUCCAAUUUGUUGUAAAAAAUGUGAUUGAUCUACACUCUGUAUUUGACUCAGAUAAAGACAUCCUCCCUAAAGGAAAACAGUCGAACUGUGUUUAUAAAAUUGAUUGCAAAAAUUGCAAAAAACCAUACAUAGGACAAACAGGCAGACAUCUGUGCGUCAGAAUUAAUAAUCAUAAAAAUAACAUCAAAGAAGACGCAGACCGUCACACUGCCUUGACCAUACACAGAGUGGAUUUUUAUCACAUUUUUGAUUUCGAUAAAAUUAAAAUUUUACACCAAGAACCACAUUGUUGCAAGCGUAUAAUUCUAGAAAUGUGUAAUAUUGUGAAACACCAUGACUCCGUAAACCUCCGUCAGGAUGUUAAAAAUCUUAGCGAAACCUACAUCAAACUAUAUACCGACAGUGCACCCAGGUAA